GUUUGUAGGGCGCCGUCCGGCAUGUCUUGUUUACGGUGAGGUCGGAAUACUUCCCUCAGUCCAGCCAGCUGGUCGUUUCUGAAGAAACAACCAUCCCAGAGGUCAGAAAAAAAAGGACAGACACGGAGAGAAAGAGCGAGCAAGGGGAUGUUGACUUAUCCCUGUGACUCGCUCCCUCAGAUAGUUUGUCCAAUGGAUGAACAUGCUAUUCCCUCCAACAGUUUCUGUAGUGCACCCCCCCACAGUGAACCUCCUCCAUCUCUCCUCCCCCUUUCCUCCAUCACUCCCAGCUGUGUGGAUAAUGGAAUAUCUGGACACGGGAGGAGUGGCCGAAUUCAAGAGAUCAAAGCACAAACCCCUGAAAAGCAGAGCCACACAGACAGCGGAGCAGCUCAGGAAUCAUCCAGACUGGAUCCGUCGCCCACAAAGAAACCAAGGGAGAGUGCAAACAUGGUGUCGCAGUCCGAGCAGUCAAGUAUUGAAGGCACACAUGCACUGAAGAAACAAAACGAGGAUGGAUUUGAUGUCAGUUUAACAGCCGAGCCCCAAAAUCAACCUGGCAAAAGCCCACGAAAGGAACCAAACGUCUCUGCUGCGGACAUUGAAGUGGAGCAGUUUGUUGAGGACACCACACAGAAUCCUGACGCCACUAAAUCUGACAUGGGCGCAUGCAUGAAGGGAUUGGCUGUUGCUCCGAAGGGAUGGGUGAUUGGCCCCUUAUUUCAGUCGCUCAAAUCAAAGAUGGCCAGUUUCACAGAGAUAGUGAUGAGUCCUGUUAAACUCUUCAAAGCUAUUAUUCCUCCACCAUGCACGGACCAUCCAGACAAACUCGAUGAGUGUGAGCUACAGGCCGAUCCAUCAUCUGAUGUUGAACACUCGGAGCAGAGCGGUACGCUUCAUCCAGACGCACAAAGCGAGAAUAGGAAUCCGGAUGCUGAAGAUGAUCAGCAGAGGCUCAGUAAAGUAGAAGGUUCACAAAACACAGAAACUGCUGCUCUUAAAUAUUCAAAGAAAUUACUGUUUGAUGUGGAGUUGCCAACACACGGCUCUGAACAGGCAGAUGAAAGUGCAAUAACCCAAAAGGAAAUAAGCUCUCCUGAUGCUGUGCCUUUGCAACACUGUCCCUUACCCUGCAUUGUUUCUGAGGAAGAUGUCAACGGAAGUGCCUCACAUGAUUCCAAUGUCAAGUUUUCUGGUGUUAUGGAGGACCAGAGAGGCAAUGUGACUGUCCAGCGUAAACUACUGCCUAGGAAAUGUACAGUUAAUAUCAUUUGUAAAGAAAGAGUAAAGAAAGUUGCCUCUAAAUCUUCAAAAUCCAAAGUCAAGAAGGAAGAGUCGGAGGUUAGUGAUGAGCAGGUUUCUUUCAUGAAUUCUGUCAAAUCAAACAAAACGGAUUCCGUCUGUUCUACUCAGCCUGACACCGACUGUCCUCAGCUUGGUCAUGUGGAUGAAGGCAGAAGAAUAGAAGUUAUGGUUCGCCAAACACAUCAUAAUAACUUAAAUGACGCAAAUGGAUUGACACUAAGGCCUUGUGUGAAUAUUCAGCAGCUGGAGUGUGGACUAAGACCUGAAACUUACUCCGUUUCAACUCUUAUCCGAGCAAAGAGGGGUGUGGAACUGGACUGUGAUUCUCAAGAAGCCGUGAAGAAGAAGAGAUUGACUGCAGAUAAAUCUAAAAAGGAAACAAAAAGACAAGAGCUUUUAAAUGUUGCCUCAGAAGGUGGCCUUUUGAAACCAUAUAUAAAUGAAGUUGUGAUGGCAAAUCCCAUUGUAGAUAAGGAAGAGCCACUGAAGCCUGCUAGGAAAAGACAAGCUGCUUCAAAAAGAGAAAAUAAGAAAGGAAAAGUAGGACAAGAAUUACAGCCUGAGUUUAACACACAGACUGAUGCGAUGUUGGUUUGCUCUCUGGAUGAAAUCACAGGUGUGUCAGAAAACAACCAAAAGGGCAGCAGUCGCACGGUGAAGCCAACGGGUGGCUCCUGCAAAAAACUAAAGACAAGGUCAAACAGUAAGGAACUAGAAACCACCCCUGCAAAAGAAAUUGAGCAGGAACCGUUAUCAGUGGUCUUUGUCCGUCCUUCUAUAAAGCCCCUCCAAAGCACAAGCAAGCGCAGGAAUAUAAACGACAAACCACUAAAACGGAAAUCGCCAACCCAAUCGGGUUCAACUACAGAAGCAGACAGCACUUUGGUUACUACCUCAUCAACACUAUCAAUGAAGCCUUUACAACUCACACUCGCAGAUCGGAAUAACGGUCAGGAUGAUCAGAAAGAGGAGAGCUUGGAAAAGGAACUGAAGCAGCCGCCCAAACGAUCCAAAAAGGCUUUAAAAGUGGCUGAUAAGUCAUCUAUGUCAGCUGGGAAUCAAGAGACAAAGCAGUGUGUCAAUAACCUUCAUUUGGUAGCCAAAGAAAACCAGCCUAAACAAGGCAAAUGUAAAAUCUCAAUGGACCCUGUAUAUUUUGAAAUGACUCCUUUUGAAAGUAUUCAACAACCUGUUUCUUCAUCCUCUCAACCUAAUGGAGACGGUAAUGUACAAUUGGAUAUUGAAGUUAACCAUGUUGUUGAAGGGAAAGACAGGAGUGCUGCUUCUGUGUCAGAAGAGGUAGAGGCCAGUAACCAAAGCAGAGUGACUGUGUCUGGGCUAAGGUCUAGUACAAAAGGGGUUCACAUGAAGCCAAGGAGAGCAGAAAACCAAAAGAGAAAAUGCAGAGUUUUGCAAAGUAGGACUCUUAAAGGUGAGGAGGGGACAAACUGCAUCUCUAUGGACGAUGCAGACCUGGCUACAGCGAGUUCCCGCUCCUCAGGGAACGGCACCUCAACGCGCCUGUUUCGCAGCUACUCUUGUCCAGAGAUCCUGUCCCUUCAACCUGACGACACGCUCUGGACUUCUACUCUGCACUCCCCGCAGCUCAGCAGGAUCCGCUCCCCACACCAGCCCCUAGCCCCCCACACUCCUUCUGUCCAUCAUUCCCAGAAAGACCGGCGGCGGGCUCGUCGACACACGGUCUGCAGCGUAGAGGUGGAGAGGGAGAUCGCCCCCCUCUGCCUGCGUAAGGAGGUGUACCCGUCCAGAAGAUCUCUCUCUUCUCUCCUGUCUCCCAGUUUUGCACUUUCUCCCAGCUCCUCCCUCUCAGCUCUUGCUUCCUGUUUCCUCUCAAGCCCCUUGGCUUUCCUUUCCACGAAAGUUGACAGUAGAGGAGCUGCAGUCAGCCCCAGCACGUCCGUUUCCUCCCACACCUCCUCUUUUCCUUUAUACCCAUUCAUAUCCAUCCAAAGAAUCGACGACUUUAGAGCUCCGUUGGACUUUAGCAGCAGUGGGAAAUGUGACAUUGAGAGAAGACGCCAGAGUAAAGAGGAGGAUGACGGCGAGGGCACGAGCUCAUCCAGUCAGGAGUUUGAAGAUAUAGGGUUGAGAGAAGAAAAGGCCUUUUCAGAUUCUGAAAUCAAGGUGGUGCAAAAACGUGAGGAGCGAGGGAAGGUGUCGUCUAUUAGAAUUCGGAAAACUUUACCCAAACCUCAGAACAACCUGACCCCAAUGGGCCUGCCCAAAGCCAUCAGGCCGAAAAAGAAGGAGUUUAGUUUGGAAGAAAUUUACACCAAUAAGAAUUUCAGCAAACCUCCUGACGGCCGACUGGAGACCAUUCUCGAAGUGCCUCUCAAUCGCAAAAAUGGCUCAGAGUCCUGGUUCGGCCAGAGGCGAUUCAAACGUUUUAUGGAAUUCUUGGAUGCCGGCGAGGUCCGAAGACCGAAGAAGCCCCUUGUUCGUGUCGGAACGUCAGGAUAUUCAUCUUCCAGGAAGAGGCGAGGGGCCUUUGCUAGAGACAAGCCGCCCCUCAGCGUGCAGGACUCAGACUCCCUCCUUUGUGCCAAGCUCCAUCAGCUGAACCUGUGGUUGAUCCAUGAUCAGAACGACAGAUGACAGCUGCCUCUGAAAAGGCAAAAUCACUGCGAGAUCAUUCUGUUAAUACGAAUAUUCCGAAUGCAUUUCCAGCAUGAAGAUUCACAUGUGAAUUGUUCAGCUCUUUUGUUGCCAGCACAUAUGAUUGUUGUUGUGAAGUAAUUCUUUUAAGAAUAAUGUUCUGUAAUGUAUAUGUAGCCCUGCGAGGAGAACAAUACAUCAUAGCACCAGAAAUGUGUUGCCUCAUAGAAGUUGGUUAUAAACAUGGUAAUCGCAUUAUACAUGGCAUUUUUGUCAUUAAUGCACUUAAACCUUGGCCGUCCAUUUUCCCCCCCGACAGCUUUCCAUCUGACGAGUGAAACUGUCCAUAAACAAAUGUUGCCAGCCUUAAAUUAAACACUUAUACAAUAUAAUACACUUUUCAGUAUAACCUACUUUUUCUUUCAGACCCAAAGUUGCAAAUCUGUACAACCUCCCUGGGUAAGUCAUGACGCCGUUUUGUUACACUACCCGUUUUCUUUUCUAAAAAUGCAAAUGAAGUAUGAUUUUAUUUUUGCAUUGUUGUGUUUGAGAGAAAAGCAUUGCAACAUAUUGGUACUCCUUACCUGACUUUCAGCAUUAUUGCAAGUGUAUCCAUAAAGGCAGCUAUUCUUUAUUGAUGCUGAAUGUAACUUUAAAACAUGCCAGCAAGAGAUUUGUAUUGGCUGUAGCCAAUCUCACAACCAGUAUGUAGUCAUGUCUGUUUGCAGGCGACAUGUGUUAAUCAUUCUACUUUGUAAUGUUCUUAGCAAUAUUUAUCAAUUGUAUUUGUACGUUCAUGGCAGAACAGGGUUUUUCUUGUAUAAAAUAAUGACUAAUAGUGUAAU